AUGUCCCGCAGAACAUCAACUAUGCCAUCCAGCGAACCCAACAGUGUCCCGCCUCCAAAAGACGGAGGCAAGACUAAGCAGGAAACUUUGCUCUAUGAAGCCCAAGGCCAUUUCAGCAUGGUGAGAGCUCUCCACCUUGCCGAUUAUGUUACUGAGAUGAAUGUCUCGGCCGUAUUCUCAACCAUGCGUUAUUGUCUCGGAGAUCCCACGAACUACCGUCCCAUUUGGUACGCCAUUGGGCUCAUGCAACUCGGUCUUUGGUUUGAUUUCGCGGAUGGAAAGAUCGCACGGUGGCGCAAGAAGUCGUCCCUGAUGGGACAAGAGCUCGACUCGCUCGCAGAUUUGAUUUCCUUCGGCCUCUCCCCCGCCGUUGUAGCAUUUGCGCUUGGUCUCCGUACAGGCGUCGAUCAUCUCCUCCUGACGUUUUUCGUCCUGUGUGGUCUGACUCGUCUGGCUCGGUUCAACGUUACUGUCGCCAAUCUGCCAAAGGACGGUACUGGAAAGUCCAAGUACUUUGAGGGAACACCCAUUCCUACCAGUCUGUAUGUGGACUACUUCAUGGGAUACUGGGUUUACAAAGGCUGGACCCACGAGAACCUUCCCCUUGGAGUUGCCUUUGAGGGUACAUUCCUCGAGUUCCACCCAAUUGCUUUGAUGUUUGUCUUGCACGGCUGUCUGAUGAUCAGCAAGACCCUGCGCAUCCCUAAGAUCUAA